CCAGACCAGAAGCAGCCUUUUGAAAUGGCCCUUCCACAAUCACAGGAUCAAGCAGCAGCCAGACCAAGACGACCAGGCCUGCUUCGUUAUAUCGCCGUAGCCAUUUUGGCACUGAUAGUGCUGGCAGGUAUAGUGGUGCUCAUUAUCUGGCUGGUUGUGAAGCCAAAACGCUUUAUGUACAGUGUGGAAGAUGCUUCAAUCCACAAUUUCAACUUAACAGAUGCUAAUCACCUCUACGCCAACUUCGAUUUUAACAUAAGAGCGUACAAUCCCAACUCCAGGGUCUCCAUUUACUAUGACACCAUGGAGGUGGCUGUGGUGUACGAGGACCAGACACUGGCCACAAAUGCAGUUCAGCCAUUCAUUCAACGUCACAGAAAUGUGACUAACCUGAAAGUGAGCCUCACUGCUAAAACUGUGGCCUUGUAUGGGUCUUUGCCUAAAGACCUUAAGCUGGAGAGAAGUUCAGGGGAUAUUGAACUAGACGUAUGGAUUAAGGCGAGGAUUCGGUUCAAGGUAGGGCUGUGGAAGUCAAAUGAUCGCACCAUGAAAAUCUUCUGUUCACCUGUGUUGGUCCAUUUUUCUAAGUCCAAGAAUUUCGAGAGGACCCUCUGCGGUGUAGAACUCUAAGCUAGCCUUCUGGACCCUCUGUGCGCGUAGUUGCCAACUGGGCACGUCGGUCUCUCUUGGUUUGGACAUUUCUGGGUUUAUAAUAUGCUGUUUUGCCUUUCUGACUCUCGCCAUUGUCCUGUUGUAUAAGAGUUGAUCUUGUGAAUUGUUUUUAUCUUCAUAUUCAAUUUGUAUUGUUUAUGCGGAUUUGGAUUUUUAUUUGUUGUUUGGGCCGAUUGAUGCUUGUAACAGACCUGGUCACUGGCUAAACCCAAAUGUGCAGAUGGAAGCCUUUUACGUGUUUUGGGCUUUUUAAUGAAAAUGCACUGCAAGAAUGUAACAUCGUUGUAGAUGAAAGUCCAUUUAUGAUGACGUGAUAUGC